AUGUCGCGUGGGGGCGCGGACGCGCGCAAGUCUACGGCGGGGAACGCGAGCGCGGACCCGUCGACGGCGUACUGGGCGCUGUUCCGCCUGGCGCUGCCGUCCAUCCUGCUGCAGAGCGGCGUGCCCCUGGCGAUCACGGUGCAGACGGCGCUGCUGGGUCGCAAGGACACGCAGCUCGUCGCCGCGUGGGCCGUCGUCGCCAGUGAGUUCGCAGAGACCUGGCGAUCGACUUGCUUUUCUUUGGGUCAGUUGAGCGUGAUGAGAGCAUGGGGAUGCGCGCGCGGGGCAUGGGGAUGCGGGCGCGGGGCAUGGGGAUGCGCGCGCGGGGCGUGGGGAUGCGCGCGCGGGGCAUGGGAUGCGCGCGCGGGCAUGGGGAUGCGCGCGCGGGGCAUGGGGAUACGCGCGCUGGGGAUGGGGAUGCGCGCGCGGGGCAAGGGGAUGCGCGAGCUGGGCAUUGGGAUGCGCGCGCGGGGCAAGGGGAUGCGCGAGAUGGGCAUUGGGAUGCGCGCGCGGGGCAAGGAGAUGCGCGAGCUGGGCAUGGGGAUGCGCUCGUGGGGCGAGGGGAUGCGCGCGCGGGGCGCGGAGAUGCGCUCGCGGGACGCGGGGAUGCGCGCGCUGUCCCUGGGAUGCGCGCAUGGGGCGCGGGGAUGCGCGCGUGAGCGUGGGAUGCGCGCGCGUGGGCGUGGGUAUGCGCACGUAGGGCCGGCCACGAAUGCAGCGACGGUCAUUUUCAACUUCCUGGUUGUCGGCGUCACAGCCAAGGUCACCAAGGUGGUGGCAGUGGGGGCGUGGGCGCAAGUGGGGGUGCGGAUCCGCCUUGCAUUCGCCAUGGCUGUAGUCACCAGUGCACUGGCCGUGGCGCUGCUGCUGUGCUCACAGGGGCUGCUGUGGGCGCUGCUAAGGGACUCGCCCUCCGUGCUGCAGUACGCUAAGAGUUACUUUUACUUGAGUCAUGGGCGUGCCGCCGCAGCUGCUGGUCAUGUGCACUUCGGGCGUGCUGCAGGGAUACAAGGUACAAAACACUUCAAACUAUGGGUUUCAUUUUCUUGUCCCCAUCUGCCCUUCACUUCCCAUUUCUGCCCGUUCUCCUCCGUUCCGUCCUUCCAGCACGUGGCGCUGGUGGCAUGGCUGCAGGCAGCUCGAGCGCUGCUAGAUCACGUGGCGCUCGUGGCAUGGCUGCAGGCAGCACGAGCGCUGCUGGACGUGGCAGCGUCCUACCUCUCCCUCUACGUCCUCGACUGGGGCAUCAUGGGUGUUGGCAUCGGCACCUUCCUCGCAUCCUGCACCGUUGCAGCUGUUUCCUUUGCCUGUAUCCUCCUGCUGCCGCCUCCCCAGGGCAAAGGAAAGAUUGUUGUUUUCCCACCCAUCCUGUCGUUUCUGGCUCGGAAGGUCGCCGUGCCGCAGGUUCUGCUCUGCCGAGCCUUGAGCCAGCGGGUUUCCCGGACCUGCUCGAAGGUUCGGGUGGGUGGUGCGGCAUCCUUGGCAGACGCUCAGAUGCUGCUGCUGGAUGGGAGGGAGGGGGAAGGGGCUGGGAUGGAGGUGGGCGGGAUAGAGGAGAGAGUACUGGCGGCUCUUGGAGGGAGAAUGUUCAAGGCGGAUGGAGGUGCUGUUUCAGCGUAUGAGGUUGAUCAACGGCCGGAUGGGUGUGGGCGUGGAGAUAAGGCGGGAGAGAGGGACGAGCAGGCAACCAGAGUGGGAGGUCGGGAGGAGGAGGGAAGGGAUGAAGAGGGAGGGGAUGAGGAGGGAAGGGGGGAGGAUAGGGUGGGGAAGGAAAGUGAAGCGGAGGAGGGAUGGAGGAGGACUCGAGUGGGUGAUGCAACGCAUAGCAGGAUGGUCGCAGAGGAGCCUGAAAACGAGGGCGAUGGGAAUGCUUAUAACGAGGACAUGCUUAUGGGCGGGGAUGGAAGGGGCGCGAGGGAAGGGGGUUGUGCAGAGUGUGUGGAGGUUAGAGUGGUGGUGGGGAGGGAGGAAACUUUCGCGAUUCUGCUUUCAAAGACUGGGAAGGAGGAGAGUGUGGAGAGGAUAGGGGGUGUGAGGAGGGAGAAGGGAGGGAGUGGGGGCAGUAACAUCGGAGAAAGGAGGGGCGGAGAGAAGAAAGAGGGCGUGGAAGGAAAGUGCAAGGCGGAAGAGAUGGAGGAGGAGAGGGUGAAUGAGCUAAAAGCAAACCGCCUUCCUUCUCCUGUCGCUCGCACACCCUCUCUGUGUCCCGUGGUGCAGCUCUCUUUCUUCCUCGUGCUCGCCUGUGCUACCUCACUCGGGGUGCAUGCUGUUGCAGCACAUCAGAUCCUAAUGCAGCUGUGGAUGGUCAACAUAUACAUCGCAGACAGCUUCGCCACGGCCGGCACCAUCGUGGCCAGCAGCCUAGCGGGCAGGAUGGCGCAGGCACGCACCAGGGGGGAGCAUGCAGCGCUGCUGGCGGACCUUAGGCUCACCUGCUGGCGCGUGCUGCACAUGGGGCUGCUGGCAGGCAUCCUCAUCUGUGCGGCAUACACAUCCCUGGAGCGCCACAUCGUUGCGCUCUUCACAUAUGACGAGGCCACCAAGGCGCAGCUGAGGCACGUGUGGCUCUUCCUCGCGCUCAUGCAACCACUCAACUCCGUGGUAUUCGUGUACGAUGGGCUCAUCUAUGCGGCUCAGGCCUUCUCCUACAUGGCGGCGUGCUUGGCUGUUGGCUUCUUCACGCUCUUCCUUCCUGUCGUCUGUAAGUGUCCUUCCUUCCACCUUUUCUGCUUCUCUCUACUGUUCCCCCUCCCUUCACACCGCUCUUUUACCUUCUCCCUCUUCUUUUCCUCCUCCUUCCUCUCCCCCCCGGCAUCCCUUGCCGUUUUCCCUUCCCAUUCCACCAACUCCCUCUUCUCCAUCUCCUCCCCUCCCUCCCUUCUCCCCACCACCUACAGCACUUGCCUUCUUCCACUUCAAGACACUUCUGGCCGCGUGGGCGGCAAAGGGGGUGGUCCACACGAUGACUUCUGA